AUGCCAAACAUUUCUAGUCGAACUAGUCCAGAAGAGUUGAAAGUAUUGACUGAAAUUUACAAUAUAUUUCAUCCACAAGAAUUACAUUUUUUAAUUGAAUUAAAUGAACGUUGGUCUCAAUAUGAUCCAAAUAGAAUUCAAAAUAUGACCAUUAUCUUAAGAGAGACGUUUGCUUCGGAACACAAAGAAUCAGACAUCGAACGUAUAAUCACAUAUUUCAAUUCUCAAGAUUCUAUUCGAAUCUUUUCUCCAAUAAGUGUUACUACGGUUCUUGAUCUAAGAGAUCAAACAAUUCAUCUCAACCCAUAUCAAUCAAUAUGUCCGAUUUGUUCAUCCGCACUUACUGCUGAAAUGGCAGAUGUAUUAUCUGUUCAGGUAUUUACUUUAAAGGGCAAAAUAGAUAAAGGUAAAGUGUUCUCUGUAUCAUGUAAACAUACCAACACAACUUUCAACAUGUGUCCAAUAGUUCAUGUAUUUCCAAAUUAUUAUCAACAGGAUAAACUAUGUUCAUUCACAUCUCAAAGUUUACAAAGUGGUAAUAUGGUAUAUCUCGGAGGUAGACAAGUGUUUGAACAAACAUUGAUUGAGAAUUAUACAUGUCAACUAUUAAGUAAAGCUAGUUCAUGGCAGAAGUUUGUUGAUGGACUUAAUCUUGGUGCAUUUAACUCAAAUUUAACUGACACAAAAAUUAAAUGGCGAAAAAAGUUGGCUAUGGCAUUUAUGAAGUUCAAAAUAAUUCAAUUUGACUUAUCUUUAGGCUCAACAAUAGUAUCAGUACCAAGUUCAGCUUGUCAAUUUGAUGAAUGGAUCUGGAAUGAGUUUCCACGUCUUCUCACAUCAUUUGUUUACCUUUGGAGUAAUCACAAGAACUUGAUUGGCCCUUGUGCAUCAAAUUGUAGCCAAUGUAUCGUGAUUGACGGCCAUCAAAAGUGUCGUAGAAGGAUAUGCCGAGCAAAAAAAUGUACAAGUUUCAACUGAAGAAUUUAAUUCUUUGACAGUAGGAUGCUGCCGAACU